AUGGCCCCGAUUCAACCGCCUUCGGCAAGACCGAUGCCAGCAUCGACAGAGCAAUAUGGACUUAUAGAAGAGGAAUACGCUGAUAGCCCUUUCCAACUUCUGAUCAUUUGUAUUUUCCUUAAUAAAACUCGAGGACAGCGAGCCAUACCUGCAGCCCGACGCUUCCUCUCGCAGUUUCCAGAUCCGGAUCAUCUCGCAAGAGCUAAAUUUGAGGAGACUGUCUUAUUCUUUAAGAGUCUUGGAUUGCCUUACCGAGCGGGCUGGGUCAUUGAUUUGGCGAAAGGCUGGUUAUCGCAGCCGCCAAAAGCCGGCGUCGUUCACCAAAAGUUAUAUCAAGGAAAAGUCACGGUUGAAUCGGAAGUGGCUCAUUUAAAAGGUAUUGGGCGAUAUGCUAGUGAUGCUUGGAGGAUCUUCUGCAAAGAUGAGCUCUAUAGACAAGCAGGGUUACCCGUGGGCGCACCAGAGUGGUCAAAUAUAUACCCAGAAGACAAGGAACUCCGUGCGUACGUUGACUGGAAGCGGACAGUUUCUGGGAUGCAGAUCUUGAGCAAGAAGAGUCAACAAACAGAAGAUUUGUUGACGGAUUUGCAGAAACUGUCACUCGAAGAUUCUCUGUGA